AUGGCCGUAUCACAGCAAUCCCUUGAAAUCGAUCUCGAUGACGAAAUCGAAGAUGUGAUCGAUCUAUGUGGUCAGCUGAAGCGGCUAGCAUCUAACCUAAGAAAAUUAGGACGAGCGAAAUUCUCAGAGCGACUGCUUGAGGAAAAGCUCGAGCACGGCAAGGAAACCUGGCGUGAAAUACGCACCAGGUAUGCAAGCGUGCGUAAACAAAUUCCUCCAGCAGAAAGAGUGUCGCACGACCUCUUCAAGCUGAAUUACAUGAGGAGUGCUGAAGACGACUUCCAGGAUUUCCAGGAUUUCGUUCUUACUGAACUUGGCCGACUGAGCGCUGAGGUGAAACCAGCAGCGUCGGAAGUUCAAAGUAAUAUACCGAUCGAGCUCCCGAAGCAACGACUGCCAAGAUUCGGAGGGGAUCCUCAGGAAUGGGAACAUUUCGAGGAUCUGUUCACCUCCGGGGUCAUACGAAAUGCAGCGCUGUCGGAUGUGCAAAGAUUGCACUAUCUGAAUGCCUGCGUAGAGGGACCCGCACAGGCGUGUAUUGCUUCGAUCGAAAUCGUCGGUCGAAAUUUCUCCGUGGCGUGGACGAAGCUAAAAAACACCUUCGGUCUCCCACGCUUGGUCACGGGAAAACUGCUGGACAAGCUCCUGUUUACGAAACCAAUAGAUACCGGUGACCUGGCCAGUAUGCAGCAGGUCACCGAGGGUUGCACACAGGCGCUCGCCGCCCUUGAUAAAAAGGGCACGCCCGAACAGCAGCGGGACUGGUUACUCGCGCAUUGGGCGAAGCAAAAAUUCUCGCCGGCGCUAGAGUUGGAAUGGCAGAAAACGUUGAACCUCGCAACAGAGUAUCCCACGUUUGAGGACGUGCGGAGGUUCCUUGAAAUGCACUCCCGCGCACUGCUCUCCAUGGAUGAGAAGCGACGGGGGGCGGCCAUCGCAUCUGCCACACAUGAUAACGCACGUAGUCGAAGCUCGACUCGGGAUUCGAGAUCGGCCUCGAGACACGUGCGCAGCCACAAUGUUGUCAAGGACAACCUUUGGGCGGGACCGCCUCGUGGCAAAAGUAGCGAAAACAGACCAGCUGGGGCCACGUCAAGGACACCGUGCGCAGUCUGUACCGGACCGCACCACGUGACGACGUGCGAAAACCUCUUGCAAAUGACUCCAAGCAAGCGCAGUCUAUAUGUAAGAAAUCGUGGGUGGUGCUUACAGUGCCUGGGCGCUAACCACCACGCAAAAGACUGCAGACGCCCCAUCGUCUGUACAAAGUGCAACGGGAGGCACCAUCCCCUGCUGCACGUCGACGUAAGCCGGGAACCUCGAAACCAGCCGUUACCGAGAAAAGAGUACGACCAUGGUGAGGAAACGAGCGAAAAAGCCCCGGCUCGGCGAUCUGUAAAAUUCAGAUCGAAAUCCAGAACCUCGCGAAACACGAACACAACACAAGCCGCAACGUCACAUUGCACGACGUUCGGUACAGGUGUACCGAGGCCCGUGUUGUUGGCCACGGCUCGAGUGCGAGCGUUCGGAAAAUACGGUGCGUCGCGAAUCGUGCGCGCACUGCUCGAUCAAGGGUCCGAAACUUCCUUCAUUUCUGCGAGUUUGGUGAAUGACCUCCAACUCGCUCGAAGGAAAACUCCAGCCACGGUCACUGGUUUGGGAGGGGAUCGAACCCAAAUGAUCAAAUAUAGUGUCGGGCUGAGUCUAAGUGCGAGAGAAGGUAGGAUACCGACCUGCACGGUCGACGCGUACGUCGUGCCUCGAAUCACGACCUACGCACCCAUGUCCUUGGACACGCUCGGUUACGAAGCGCUCCGGGACCUACCUCUCGCCGACCCCGACCUCACGACCGAUCAAACUAUCGAAGUUUUGAUCGGUGCAGACUUAUACGCACAAAUUAUGCGACCGGGAUUCCGUCGCGUAACCGCGGAGGGUCCGAUAGCCCAAGAGACUGCGUUCGGCUGGGUGAUUUCCGGACCGAUAAGUGCAGUGGGAAAAACCCAGAAUCCAGUACGGACGCUACACUGCACCGUACUCGAAUCGCUGGAUAACGCGAUUCGAAAAUUCUGGGAAACGGAGGAAAUUCCCGCGACCUCUGUGCGUACAAAGUCAGAGGAAGAAUGCGAAGCAUUCUAUAAGAAAACCGUCGUCCGAGACGAAACUGGGAGGUUUGAAGUGCGACUCCCAUUUAAUUGCCCGAAACCGGAGGAAACGAUCGGAAAGUCGUUCCACAUAGCGUUUUCGGCUCUCGCAAGGUUGCGAAAGAAAUUAGACACGAGCCCGACUCUCGGUAAAGAAUACUCGGAGUUUUUAAACGAGUAUGAGUCGCAAGGUCACAUGACUCGUAUCGAGCCUAUUGACCGUUCUAGACUCUAUAUACCACACCGAGCGGUCGUCCGUACGGACAGUACGACCACCAAGUUACGGGUCGUGUUCAACGCAACCUGUAGGACGGCGGGAGGUCGCUCCCUAAACGACAUCCUACACGUCGGUCCAAAAUUGCAAAACGAUAUCACCUCGGUAUUAACGAGGUGGCGUUUGUAUAAAUACGUGCUGGUGGCCGACAUUGAGAAAAUGUUUCGACAAAUUCUCGUAGCACCACAGGAUCGUCGAUUCCAAUGCAUCGUUUGGAGUGCACCCGAAACCGAACAGCUAAAAGCGUUCGAGUUAAAUACCGUUACAUACGGGACAGCGUGCGCUCCGUACUUAUCGAUGCGUACCCUUCUCGAAUUAAAAGAGCAGGAUGGAGGAAAAUUCCCCUUGGCUGCUCCGAUUCUCGAGAAGGACAUUUACGUCGAUGACGUAUUUUUGGGAGCACCAGAUAAGCCCUUGCUGGAAAAAAUCCGCACGCAAGUGUGCGAGCUCCUGCAAGGAGGUGGGUUUAAGUUGAGAAAAUGGGCAGGAAACUCGCAGCAACUAUUGCGAAAUAUCCCCCACAGCGCUCACUCCCACGCCGUAGACCUCACCUUGUUCGAGGAUUCCGAACUCAAAGUGCUCGGUCUACGUUGGAUACCGUCUGGGGAUUAUUUUUAUUUCAAUCUCCAACAAUUUCAACCAUCGGCGUUCCCGAUGACUAAGAGAAAUCUGUUUUCGGAGAUUGCCAAGCUGUUCGAUCCGCUCGGCUGGUUAUCACCAGUAGUAAUACGUGCGAAAAUUUUGAUGCAGUCCCAGUGGCUGGAGAAAAUCCAGUGGGACGAUCAAAUCUCCGCGGACACGCAACGAACGUGGAAUACGUUUUGCGUGGAUUGGAACAGCCUGAAAAAAUUAAAAAUUCCCAGAUGGAUACGGUACGGAGCCGAUACCGUAUCCGUGGAGUUGCAUGGAUUCUGCGACGCCUCCCUCGCCGCCUACUCCGCCGUCACGUAUUUACGCGUGACGACGACAAACAAUGACGUCUUUACGACAUUGGUAAUGGCAAAAACGCGGGUGGCGCCGAUCAAAACGCAAUCCAUACCCGUACUGGAAUUAAACGGGGCAGUACUCCUCUCCGAGCUUGUGAUGCACGUAAAGCGGUCCAUCUCCAUGAAAUUGGAUCGCAUAAUCUGCUGGACAGAUUCUACGAUUGCACUAGCUUGGCUGAAAAAACAUGCGUCGACAUGGAAGGUGGUAAUCGCCAACCGUGUAUCAAAAAUCCAGACGAUGCUUCCGAACGCCGAAUGGCGUCAUGUUCCCACGCGCUCAAAUCCCGCAGAUUUAAAUUCGCGAGGAGUGGAAGCCGCGGAACUUCUUCAAUCGGAACUAUGGAUUUCCGGCCCGCCGUGGCUUCGGCGGGCGGAAGAAUAUUGGCCGAAAAUACCCGCUUCGAUCGAAACGGAAGAAGGAAAACGCGUCUCGCAUACGCUCGUAGCAACUCCGAAAAAAGAAUGGGACUUUGUAUUUCGAUUUUCCCAAUGGAGAAAGCUACUACGCGUAACCGCCUACUGCCUCCGGUUUCGAAGGGCGCGGGACGGAGAGCGUCGGUCCUUCGACGCCAACGUUGUCGACGCAUCUGAAAUACAGCGUGCAACGGAAAGAAUUGCACGUUACUUGCAAAGCACGCAUUUUGCAGAUGAAUACCAGUGCCUGAAAGGGCACCGUGAAAUCCCUGCAACGUCUCCAUUGAAAGGCCUAAACCCCUUCCUCGACGACAAGGAAGUCCUCAGAGUGGGUGGAAGGUUGGAGAAUGCGGCACUUGCAUGGGAAACCAAACACCCGAUAAUUCUGCCAAAACAUCAUGUUUCGAACAUGAUAAUAAGGCAAUGUCAUGCGGAUACGCUGCACGGGGGUUUGCAAUUGACCAUGUACACGGUGAGACAGAAAUUCUGGAUCAUCGGCUGUCGUAACGCGACGCGUACGGUUAUCCAUGGUUGCAUGCGCUGCGUGAGAUGGAAUGCAACAGCGUCCACGCAGAUAAUGCAGGAUUUAAUUCCGGAACGCACCCGCGCGGCACGACCUUUCUCGAAUUGCGGAGUAGAUUACGCGGGACCCUUUCGAGUCCGCGACUCCGCCGGUCGAGGUAAAACGGCCCACAAAGCUUACAUAGCGGUAUUCGUUUGUUUCGCUACCAGAGCCGUACAUAUCGAACUCGUGCACGAUUACACGACGAGUGCUUUCUUGGCCGCCCUUGACCGAUUCAUCGCUCGCCGCGGAGUUCCGUCCUGCGUGUUCAGUGACAACGGAACAAAUUUCGUCGGAGCGGAUCGAGAAUUGAGAGAGCAUUUCAAUAUCGUGUAUAACACACGAGAAAUGCGCGAUACGUGCGGCCAGAAGGGUAUUAAGUGGAAAUUCAAUCCACCUAGUGCACCGCAUUUUAGCGGUAUGCAGGAAGCCGGUGUGAAAUCGGUGAAACAUCAUCUAAAACGCAUCCUCGGCAACUUCACUCCCACGAGCGAGGAGAUGCAGACAUUACUUUGCAAAAUCGAAGCGAGUUUAAAUUCGCGACCGAUCGCCGCUCUGAGUGAUUGUCCAGAGGAUUAUGCGCCCCUCACACCGGGCCACUUUUUGAUCGGAAGCCCGAUGAAUGCACUUCCGCCAGUUAAGAACGUGGUGAAGAAGGUGCAGUGCGAGAACGGAUUGGGGUCCGAUCCGGUAACGCAAAUACUUCCGCUACACGUUUUAACUGGAGUGAAAAAGAGUCGGAAACGCAAAGAAGUGCAGUACCUAAACGGAUUGGGAUACCAUCCGGUACCAACGUCACUUCCGUUUCUAACGAGGAAUCUCGUGGGUUAUUUCCGAACGUUUCUAGAGCAGCAGUGGUAA